AUUAAAGCGUCAAUAUUUUGGAGUAUAAAGCUUUCAAUUAUCCUCUCCUACCUCUUUUUCGGUUUUCUCAACUCUCUCUCUCUCUUUUUCCCUCUUUCUCUCUCUCUCACCGGCUCCGGAAAACCUCGUUCCCUCGCCGGAAAACCGCUCAUUCACCGGCGAGAAAAAGUCUCCGUCUAGCCGGAAAACCGCACGCCUCUCUCUCAUUGACCUCUUCGGAUUUCCUUUUCAGUUUCCCGCGAAUCGAAGCCCAGAACGCUUCGGAUCUCCGAGUUUGACUCGGUCCGGCCUCGCUCGUGGCGUUUCGUGAGAAUGUGGCGGCCCUGGUUGGCGUGGAAGGCUUCGUGUUGAUUUUUCAAAGGCAAGGAUCGUGAUCUAGGGUUUGUUUUCGGGAUUUGGAUUCGGUUUUGAGGCUGUUUUCGCGUUUCUGUUGUUGUUCGGUGAAGCUAACCGAGACGGAGGACUAUAGAGAAGGAUUUCGGAAUGAGAUGGUAGAAGGAAGGGUUCGUUUGUCAAAAGAGGCACAAAAUGGGUUGGAAUUUCUGAAGCGUAAAAGGCUUCAGCGAAUGAAAUCAGAAUCUGUCGCUGAGACUGUGAGCGUCAUGAACACGAUGACUAGGAGUGGUGGAGAUGCUUUGAGAGCUUCCUCAUCAUGUGGUGUGAGGCUACAUGGUAAUGCAGAUGUCUUUUCAAAGCGCAAGGUGGACAAAUUUGAUACAAGUGAUCUAGAAUGGACUGAGAAAAUUCCAGAGUGUCCUGUAUAUACUCCUACAAAGGAGGAGUUUGAGGAUCCUUUUGUAUUUUUGCAGAAGAUAGCUCCAGAAGCUUCAAAACAUGGUAUAUGCAAGAUUAUUUCCCCAUUGAGUGCUUCUGUUCCAGCUGGGGUUGUACUGAUGAAGGAGAAAUCUGGAUUCAAGUUCACAACUAGAGUACAGCCUCUUCGUCUUGCUGAGUGGGACUCUGAUGACAGGGUCACCUUUUUCAUGAGUGGAAGAAAUUAUACUUUUCGUGAUUACGAGAAAAUGGCGAACAAGGUUUUUUCUCGUAGAUAUUGUAGUUCGGGAUGUCUUCCUGCUGCAUAUAUGGAAAAAGAAUUUUGGCAAGAAAUUGCUUGUGGAAAGACAGAAACUGUUGAAUAUGCAUGUGAUGUUGAUGGUAGUGCCUUUUCGUCUUCUCCCAUUGAUCAGCUUGGAAAUAGCAAGUGGAAUUUGAAGAAACUAUCACGGUUGCCCAAGUCUGUUUUGCGUCUUCUGGAUAGAGGAAUUCCGGGAGUAACUGAUCCCAUGCUUUACAUUGGAAUGCUGUUUAGUAUGUUUGCUUGGCAUGUGGAAGAUCAUUAUUUGUACAGUAUAAAUUAUCAUCACUGUGGGGCAGCAAAAACUUGGUAUGGCAUUCCCGGUCAUGCGGCUUUAGACUUUGAAAAGGUGGUCAGGGAGCAUGUCUAUACUCAUGAUAUUCUAUCAACUGAUGGGGAGGAUGGAGCUUUUGAUGUCCUUUUGGGGAAAACUACUCUGUUUCCGCCAAAUAUUUUGUUGGAACGUGGUGUCCCUGUUUACAAGGCUGUGCAGAAGCCCGGGGAGUUCGUAAUUACUUUCCCAAGAGCAUAUCAUGCUGGAUUUAGUCACGGUUUCAAUUGCGGUGAGGCUGUGAACUUUGCAAUUGGUGAUUGGUUUCCCUUGGGGGCUGUAGCUAGCCGACGCUAUGCACUUCUUAACAGGGUGCCUCUGCUUCCUCACGAAGAACUUUUGUGCAAAGAAGCAAUGAUUGUCUCUAUGAGUGUAGAAGUUGAAGAUUUGGAUUAUUCAUCUCAUCAUUGGAUUAAGAUCUGUUUUGUAAAUUUGAUGCGUUUCCAGCACUGUGCCCGCUGGUCUCUAAUGAAAUCAAGGGCUUGCAAUGGUCUUUCUUCAUUUUCUCAUGAAACCAUUCUAUGCAGCAUUUGCAAACGUGAUUGUUAUGUAGCUUAUAUCAGCUGCAACUGUUACAUGCACCCUGUCUGCCUUCGCCAUGAUAUUGAGUCUCUUGACUUCUCGUGUGGGACCAAUCAUACUUUAUUUCUGAGGGAGGAUAUUUCAGAAAUGGAAGCAGCCGCCAAGAAGUUUGAGCAGGAUGGGGGAAUAUUAGAGGAGAUUCAUCGGCAAGCUAGAAGCGGUGAUAACUUGUAUUCAUACCCCCUUUCGUAUAUGUUUCAGAAAGCUGAAAAAGAUGGAUAUUCUCCAUAUUGUGAGAUAGAGUUUGAGGCGAACCCUGAACUUUCUGUCACAACUCAGGAUCACUCGCAAGAUCUCGAGUGUGUUGCUGAUAGCCAGCCCAUGUUGAGUUUUGGAAAAGAAAGUAUUAGAUCUGAAACAUCUGAAGUUUCCCUUUCUGGUGCUGUGUCAACUAAUUCUUCUUCAGUAGACCCUUUUGAGAGCUCACCUGUGCCAAAAAAUCAGGUAAAGAGAAAUGCUAACUUUAAUUCUGGGAAUCCUGGCUCUACAAAUUUUUCUGAAGAAGCUACACGCUACACAUAUGAAUCUACUCGAUCCUCCCAGUCCUGUGAUGAAUGCUUGACACUGCCAAGAAAUCUUCAUAAAUUUGGGGUAAAGCCUACUGUUGAUCAAGACAGUGAUGAUUCUGAUUCGGAGAUAUUUAGGGUUAAACGCCGUUCUUCACUCAAGGUGGAAAAAAGAGAUGUGAAUGAUGCCAUGCAUGCAAAGCAAUCUGAUCACCAGGGUCUUAAACGGCUGAAAAAAGUCCAACCUGAUGGGAGGUGUGGGCAAUUGAUGCCGUCUGAUUGCUGCAGAACUGAUGAAUCAAAUUUAAAAAUUUUCCCUCAUAAUUCUAAAGAAGCUCCGGACAGUGCUUUGAGGGACAGGUUUGCAAGAGGAAGUUCCAUGCCCAUUUCCAUCAAGUAUAAGAAGAUGGCCACUGAGGAAGCAAUAAGUAGACAACAAGAACACAGAAGGGAUAGAUACCAACUUGAUUUGGGAAAGAGCAUGAGGGAACCACCCCCUAUAGAGAUUGGGCCAAAGCGUCUUAAAGUCAGAGGCCCAUCGUCAUAUCUAGGGACAGAGCAGGUUGGAUUGAAGUUUAGAUCACUAGAGUGACAAGAAUUCCAGUUGGCCUGCCUUAGGAGCAUCAUCUUGAGCCUGACUUUGCUAACUUCAUUUUCUCUAAUGGGGUUCUAACAACACGGAUAAUCUGAAGAUUGAUUACGGGGGAGCAGCAGUAAAAAAUUAACCAAGAUUAGGAUUAAAAUUUAUAUUCUUUGUGCAAGCCUCAAAUUGAGGCUUGCACUGGUGGUGAUUCUUGGGGUUCUCGGGCCGGGGUGUUUUUCCGUCUUUGGCAGGGGAACCUUCCUGCAUGGUAAAAUUUAGAGAUCUGACAGUGAAUGAUGUAAAUUUGUUUUUAUCACUCAAUUAAUUGUUUUUAGGAAUGUGGGUAUUCCUAUUGGUCUCUCAUGUAAGGUCAGCUCUGCUGCUUCCCAUUUUAGGUUCUUUAUUCUUUUUGUAGCAAUGGUCCUUGUACCUCGGACUACUUGAAUAAAAAUCAGUGAAAUGCCUUUUUUCUUU